AUGGCGCUUGCAAACAUAUCUUUGCGCUUCAAGUUUCCAUCUUCUUCCACGUUCAACAACACUUCAAUUUCCCUUAGAAAACCUUCUUCCAUUGCUUGCUCCAACGCCGGAGAUGACGGCGGCAAAGGAGCUGUUGACGGUGCCUCAAAGCCGAAGAAGUUAUCGGAGCAGUCUUCAUGGGAAGUAAAAGAUUCAGAAGGGAAGGAUUAUCUUUAUAGGCUUGGCGCGGAGUCAGAUAACGUUAACAUAGCUGUGGGAGCAAGAGCCGGGAUGAUCGAUGACGUGUUCAUCGGAGACUUUCUUGGCAAAGAUUCUGAUAUUGUGUUUGAUUACCGUCAGAAGGCAACAAGGUCCUUUGAACAUCUUCAAGGAGAUUAUUACAUUGCUCCAACCUUCAUGGUAACUUCUGUCCACAUUGUGAAGAACUACCUUGCUAGUUCUCUAAAUAUCAAAAUCCCAUUGAUCUUAGGUAUCUGGGGAGGUAAAGGACAAGGGAAAACGUUUCAGACCGAACUUAUAUUCAAAACCAUGGGAGUCGAACCUGUUAUAAUGUCUGCUGGAGAGUUGGAGUCUGAUAGAGCUGGGGAACCGGGAAAACUCAUACGUGACCGUUAUCGAACAGCUUCACAAGUCAUUCAGAAUCAAGGGAAGAUGAGUGUUCUCAUGAUCAAUGAUAUUGAUGCUGGCCUUGGUAGAUUUGGGGAAACACAAAUGACAGUGAACAACCAGAUAGUCGUUGGUACUCUGAUGAACCUUGCGGAUAAUCCUACAAGGGUAAGUGUGGGACAAGACUGGAGAGAAGCUGACACUGUAAACAGAGUUCCUCUCAUUGUCACAGGAAAUGAUUUCUCCACGCUAUAUGCUCCACUGAUCCGUGAAGGAAGAAUGGAGAAGUUCUAUUGGCAGCCAACUCGUGAAGAUAUAGUUAACAUUGUUAGCAGAAUGUAUGAGAAAGAUGGUAUAUCACGGAAAGAUGUUGUAAGCAUUGUUGAUAAGUUUCCAAAUCAAGCACUUGACUUUUAUGGGGCUCUGAGGUCACGUACAUAUGAUAGAUCUAUCCUCAAGUGGGUAGAUGAAGUUGGAGGAAUAGAGACUCUAGAGAAAACUCUUCUCAGGCGUAAAAAGACCCAAGAGAUUCCUCAAUUCAUUCCCCCUGAGCAAACGGUGGAGGCGUUGCUGGAGUCAGGUUACUCUCUCAUUAAGGAACAAAAACUCAUCAACGAAACAAAGCUUUCCAAGGAGUACAUGAAGAACAUUGACGAUUAA